AUGCGCGGUGAGAACCGGCCCCUCAACGCGGGGCCCCAGCGCGGCCGAGCGACCCAGGGCAAGUCCGCUUCCGCCCCCAGCCCACAUGGCCGCGGCCGCCCGCGCCCGUACCCAGCGUGCGCCCCGCGCGGCGUCCCCCGGAGGAGAGAGGGGGCGGCGGCGCUUCAGACUGUGGAGAGGAGGAAGCGCGGCCGGCGCGACCGCGGGGGGAAGAGGAGGAGAGCGGUUGUGCGAUCAGAUCGAUCUAAGAUGGCGACUGUGGAACCGGAAACCACCCCUACUCCUAAUCCCCCACCUACAGAAGAAGAGAAAACAGAAUCUAAUCAGGAGGUUGCUAACCCAGAACACUAUAUUAAACAUCCUUUACAGAACAGAUGGGCACUCUGGUUUUUUAAAAAUGAUAAAAGCAAAACUUGGCAAGCAAACCUUCGGCUGAUCUCUAAGUUUGAUACUGUUGAAGACUUUUGGGCUCUGUACAACCAUAUCCAGUUGUCUAGUAAUUUAAUGCCUGGCUGUGACUAUUCACUUUUUAAGGAUGGUAUUGAGCCUAUGUGGGAAGAUGAGAAAAACAAACGAGGAGGACGAUGGCUAAUUACAUUGAACAAACAGCAGAGACGAAGUGACCUCGAUCGCUUUUGGCUAGAGACACUGCUGUGCCUUAUUGGAGAGUCUUUUGAUGACUACAGUGAUGAUGUAUGUGGAGCUGUGGUUAAUGUUAGAGCUAAAGGUGAUAAAAUAGCAAUAUGGACUACUGAAUGUGAAAACAGAGAAGCAGUUACACAUAUAGGGAGGGUAUACAAGGAAAGGUUAGGACUUCCUCCAAAGAUAGUGAUUGGUUAUCAGUCCCAUGCAGACACAGCUACUAAGAGCGGCUCCACCACUAAAAAUAGGUUUGUUGUUUAAGAAGACACCUUCUGAGUAUUCUCAUAGGAGACUGCGUCAAGCAAUCGAGAUUUGGGAGCUGAACCAAAGCCUCUUCAAAAGCAGAGUGGACUGCGUUUAAAUUUGAUUUCCAUCUAAAUGUUGCUAAGAUAUAAGAGAAGUCUCAUUCGCCUUUGUCUUGUACUUCUGUGUUCAUAGUUUUUUUUUUUUUUUUUUUUUUUUUAAUUUUGGCUAGAGUGUCCA